UUAUUUGAAAUCAGUAUUUAGGAAAAUAAGUAUUUUUCAGUGGUUAUAGACAGAAAUAUAAAAAUAUGUGCCAAAAUACUUGGGUCUUUUUUCCUUUCUUUUUGUUUUUGUUUUUUUUUUUUGUUUGUUUGUUUGUUUGUUUUGAGAUAGGUAUAGUCCUGGCUGUCCUGGAACUCUCCCUGUAGACCAGGCUGGUCUUGAACUCAAGAUCACUUCGUAAAGGCACGUACCAUCACGCCAGGCUUUGCCUUUCAAACUUACAAAAAACCUAGGAAGUUAUUAUGAAUCCUUAAUAUGCACAAACCAACUUUCAGUAACUAUUAACACCUGUUUUUAUUAUAUCCAUCCUGCCAUUUUUGCUUUUUUAGAUUUAAUUUUAGUGUCGGGUGGAGUGAUGGUUCUGUGGUUGAGUGCUUACUGCUCUUGCCGAGGACCCAAGUUGGUUCCUCUUCUGACCUCCUCUAGUACUUGGUCCGCAUAUGUUUAUGGAGGUUUAGACCCAUGUUCAGUCUGGUAGCCAGUGUAGGCUACCAGAGACCCUGUCUCAGAACAAAACCAAACAACAACUAAAGUAGGGACCUGGGUGGAGACAAAAUUCCAGCAAAGCCUUAGUCUGCAAGUGAACAUGGGAUUAAAUCUCCAAAUAUACAGAAGAACAUAGGUGCUAGAGAUAAAGCUUACUGGAACAGCAUCUGCCUGACACAAAUUACAAAAUAUUCGAAAUCUACAGAAAGUAAUGUGAUAAAUACCUAAGCUGAAGUAUUAAGAUGUUCGCACACACGUUAUUUUUCAGUGCUCUAAUCAAACUAAGGCCCUUGGCCAUGAGUGUUCUACUACUAAACUACCACCCCAGCUUAAACCCUUACUUAUCCAUCCACUCUUUUCUUCUUUUUUUUCUUUCUUUUUCUCUUUAAACACUUAAUUUACAGCUAUGAGUGUUUUUGCGGGCACGCAUAUCUGUGUACAACGUGCGUGCUUGGUGUACAAGGAGUUCUGAAGAAGGUUUGGAGUCCCCUGGAAUUGAAGUCACAGAAGGUUGUAAACCACUAUGUGGGUGCUGAGAACUGAACCCUGACCCACUGGAAGAGCAGCCAGCAGUCUCAACUGCAGACUAGCCUCCAUGUCGCCAUUAUAGCCAGAGACGACCUCGAAAUGCUGGUCUCCGGGUUUCCACUUCCCGAGCUCUGGCACUUUGGGUCAGCAGGGUCUCCAGAGUUCACAGAGGCCUAAGUCAAGCCCCGGGUGGGGGCGGAACUCAGCGAGCGAGCGGCUGGGCAGGGCAGAUGGUAGUGGGCGGGGCCUGGCGAUCCGGUUCCCGCAGGCGCGCUGGCGUUGCUGCUAGGCUGUCUGUUGUCAUGGUGGGGCCCUGGGUGUAUCUGGUGGCGGCGGUUUUGCUCAUCGGCCUGAUCCUCUUCCUGACUCGCAGCCGGGGUCGGGCAGCAGCAGCUGAUGGAGAACCUCUGCACAAUGAGGAAGAGAGAACAGGAGCAGGCCAGGUAGCCCGGUCUUGGCCCCAGGAGUCUGAAGAGCAGAGAACUGGAGGCAGGCCCCGGCGUCGGAGGGACCUGGGCAGCCGUCUGCAGGCCCAGCGUCGAGCCCAGCGAGUGACCUGGGAAGAAGUGGAUGAGAACGAGGGUGAAGCUGCUGUUCCAGCCCAGGAGGAAGAAGGCGUUGAGAAGCCGGCAGAAGUUCACCCAACAGGGAAAAUUGGAGCCAAGAAACUACGGAAGCUAGAGGAAAAACAGGCUCGGAAGGCUCAGCGUGAGGCAGAAGAGGCUGAACGUGAAGAGCGGAAACGCCUAGAGUCCCAACGAGAGGCAGAAUGGAAGAAGGAGGAGGAGCGGCUUCGCCUGAAGGAAGAACAGAAGGAAGAGGAAGAGAGAAAGGCUCGGGAGGAGCAGGCCCGGCGGGAGCACGAGGAGUACCUGAAACUGAAGGAGGCCUUUGUGGUAGAAGAAGAAGGUGUUAGUGAAACCAUGACUGAGGAGCAGUCUCACAGCUUCCUGACAGAAUUCAUCAACUAUAUUAAGCAGUCCAAGGUUGUGCUUUUGGAAGACCUGGCUUUCCAGAUGGGCCUAAGGACUCAGGAUGCCAUAAACCGCAUCCAGGACCUGCUGACGGAGGGGACUCUAACAGGUUUUUAUGCUGUAGCCCAGGCUGGCCUCAAACUCUCAGCAAUCUUCAUGCGUCAACCACCUGAGUGCUGGGAUAACCCCAUUUCCUUGACAGUAUUACUCUGAAGAGACAAAACCACAUUCCCCAUGAAAUGGGAACAGAGAACUGUAAGGAGAAUAAUUUAAAUUGAAGACAGAGGAGUAAUAGAACGGGCCAACAGGGAUGAAAUGAGCAGAGUAAAUGUCUUUGUGGAGACGCUGAAGAAGAUUGAAUCUGUGAUGGCUAAGAAAAGCUUCACCUGCUUCCUCAGGAUACAGGCACUUUUGACAACAGUCACUGAAUGCAACAGUUUUGGUGGGACCCUAAAAUCUAUUCACAAAGUGACAGGAAUGUAUUGUGGCUUUGAAAAGGCAUCCUUUGUUUCUAGAAAAUUAACAAAUAGUGCUACUUUCUAAAAGUAGUAAAGUGUCUGCUUUCCACAGAGAAGCCCAGCUCUGCUGCCAUGUCCAGUGAGAGGACAAGGGGCUAAAGAUGGAAGAUAGGAAGAGUUCUGUGAACACAGUCUGAAAGCAUUUCACUUAGGUCAGAUGCUGAGAACUGUCAGAAGCCAGUCAUGUGACAGAAGGGGCCAAAGAAGGAAUAGAAAAAGCAGAGUGGAAAUCCUGGCACUAACACGAGACCAGGUAAACAGUCGGCAGAAGCCAAAGCCAGCCUAAAUGGAUGUGCAUAGUGCUGGAUGGAGCCCAGGGUCUCACUCAUGCUAGGUUUACACUCUGCCCUGAUCUACGCCCUCCUCACCCAGCACUCCCCAGGCAGAGACAAGGGAUCUGUGAUCUCAGGCCCACGGUAAGUAGUACACAGAGAACUCCAAGGACAGCCAGCCAUCCAGAGCUACCUAGUGAGACCCAGUCUUUAAACAAACAAAACCCCUCACAAUAACUCCUUGAAUGACAUGCUGUUGUGGGCCAAUCAAAACUUUCUCUGGCCUGGCAUAGUAGCAUGGAUCUCUAACCCCAGUACUCAGGAGGCAGAAGCUGUCAGGUCUCUCUAAGUAGGAGGCAAACCCGGUCUAGAUGGUGAGGUCCCAUACAGCCAGGGCUCUGUGGAGAGACCUGCCUCAGAAAAGAAGAGGAAGAGGAGAAAGAAAAUGUCUCGAGGAUUCUUCCCAUAUCCCAUUCUCUCUUCUCACUUAAAAGAGUAGCAAAGCUGGACUUACCUGUUUAAAGCAAGGCUGACACAUUACCUCUCUGACUUAAGGAAAGGAAUUUAUCUUGUGAUAUGGUGGCCACAAACCAGGGUGAUCACCACAAGUUCCAUGACACUCCGUUCACAGAUUUCUAGAAUAUAUAAAUGAUUUGUCAAAAUAAGUUCUUAGUUUAUUUAAUAUACUUCAUUUGGAUUC